GACAGUUGAACACGUGUCUCGCGACCUCUGUAUCAUUACGAAGUUUUAGACUUUCGUUUUCAGUGAAUUGAGUAAUCUGUUAAUGGAAUUAUGACAUGAACUAAGAUAAUCGUCACAAUGGAACAGAUCUCCAAAUAUAUGAUCAUUAUUGCCUCCGUUAUGACAGUAAAACUGACUGUGACCGAGAGUAAAAAUGAAACAAAACCGAUCAUAGACAGACGUUACUACCAAGUGCCACUCUUCAUCAACAUAUGCGACAUCGAAGACAGACGAUCUAAAGUACACUGCUACUGUGACAGCAAUAAACCUAAAAUGGCGACACGGGCCGACUGCUGGGUAUUCAGUGGCGGUAUUACUGAAGACGAUCCAAUAUGGCCCAGUUUCACUUCACAAGCACAAAUAGAACAUUUAAUGUUCAAUGUCCGAUCAGAUGAUGCACUUACAUUUAUCCCAGCAAAAGCUAUCGUACGACUCGACAAACUUAAAGAUGUAUCAAUACAAUUUGGUACAAUAAAAAAGAUACCGCCCUACGCGUUCACAAACUCAUCGACCUUAAGACAAAUUGUAUUAAAAUCAAAUAAGAUAAGCCAUUUGGAUAAACAUUCGUUUUCUCAACUAAUGAUGUUGACCAACUUGACGUUAGACGACAAUCAGAUAUCGGAAUUGAAGAGGGACGUAUUCUUUAACUUGCCAAAUCUACACAUUCUGCAUUUAUCGAAUAACAAUAUAAGUGUACUCCACGAAGGAUGCUUCAAGCACUUAAACAACUUGUUAGAACUGAGAUUAGACUAUAACUAUAUAUCGGUCGUAACGAGAGAGAUGUUGGAGGGGCUCGAGAAUCUCUCUAGAUUAAACUUGAGAAGUAAUAAGUUGGCAAUGAUAGGUAAUUUGGCUUUCAGCGAGUUGUGGGGCUUGAAAGAGUUGAUGUUAGAUAAUAACGCUAUUGAGUACAUUUCGGAGAGAGCUUUCGGGGGAUUAGGUCAGUUACGUAAAUUGACGCUAUCGGGAAAUAGAUUAACCACGUUUUACGAUGAUAUUCUUGAAGACACGAGGCAACUUACUGUGUUAAACUUAAAGGACAAUCUAUUGACGUUUGUGUCGUACGAAACAGUCCGACAGGUGGUCGACAACGAUAAAUCACAAUCCGCUGUAAUAUAUUUGGAUGGUAACCCGUUCAGCUGUAACUGCCGAUUAUCUUGGAUUUAUCAUUUACUUAACGAAACUAAGAGCAUUGAAAUGAGAGAGGCUCUCGAAAAAGUUUCCUGUGUCGAGAACAAUGAACGGCAUUUAAACGAGCACAACGAGGAAGAAAGCGGAAAUAUUUUAUCAGAUGACAACUACGAAUACUACGACAAAGAAGAAUAUUUAGAUAAAGAUAAACCGAAGUUGAACAAGGCGAAGAAAUUGACAGAGAUACCUUUAGAGACACUCCCAUGUCCGAAAGAGUUAAUGCAGUCAGUCGAGGAUGCUUACGGUCAGCCGAUACAAAAUGAAAUAAGAUUAAAAGCUUUAUCUGUAACAAGUAAUGUAUCAAAAUUUGUUUACAUUUUAACUAUGGUA